GUCUAGUGCUGCUCUUAAGCCGUGGAUCCAGGUGUGGACCGCUAGUAGCAUUCUGUACUCGCGAAUAUCCACAUCUCGAAUAGAAACGGUAAGAAAGCCACACAGGUUCCGCGGUUCCCUCUAUAUUCACGCGUUUCAGAUAGGCUACGCUUCAAAGUCGUCCGGCAGUACAAGGUAGUAACUGUUUUAUAACCAGUGAAGUGCGACGCGCAAGAAGCCUGUGAAGAAAGAUCUGUAUAAGUGAAAGUAGCUAACAGGCCAAUAAAUUCAUAAAUUCGCAAUUUUAAUUAAUUGUCCUCUUGAAAGGUUUUUGAAAACCGUGAAGAGGCUGUGACUUAGUGUGUUCAUCAUCUCUGAACUGCAGGGCUUCACAUCCGUCGGCGAAUUCAAUUCAGUCAAAGCAGAUACGCUUUCCCAUCAAACAGUCACCAUGGAGGAGGAUAGAAUUGCGAAAAGCUAUGCUGGACGAAGUCUUUUCAUCACCGGCGGCACUGGCUUCCUCGGGAAAGUGCUCGUUGAGAAAUUACUCAGAUGCUGUCCAGAAAUUAAGAAAAUUUACCUGCUCGUGAGAAACAAGAAAGGGAAAGACCCGCAAAUAAGGAUUAAAGAGAUGUUUGAUAAUGUGCUUUUCGAUACAGUCAAAAAGCAACGUGGCGCAGAAUCGAUAUUGAACGUGUGCGAAGCAUUAUGCGGAGAUGUAACUAUUCCAGAUUUAGGCAUGUCUGAGGAUGACAAACAAAUUAUUCGAGAUAACGUUUCAGUAAUCUACCAUUGUGCUGCAACUAUUCGGUUUGACGAAGAGUUGAAAAAAGCCGUUUUUCUCAACGUUCGAGGUACGAAGCUCAUUCUUCAACUUGCCAAAGAAUGUAAGAGGUUGGAGUUAUUCACGUAUGUAUCGACAGCCUACUGUCACUUACACAUAAAACAUCUAGUGGAGCAACCCUACGCUCCCCCAGCUGAUCCUCACAAGGUUAUAGCUGCAAUGGAAUGGAUGAGUGAUGAUGUCGUAGCUUCAAUUCAGAAAAAAGUACUAGGCGACAUUCCAAACACCUACGCCUACACAAAGUCCUUGGCAGAAGCAUUGGUCGUAGAAACCUUUGAUAGUCUGCCAUCAGUGAUCUUGAGACCAUCAAUUGUUAUCCCUAUCUGGAAGACACCUCUUCCAGGCUGGACAGAUAACAUCAACGGUCCCACAGGACUUCUGAUUGGAGCUGGAAAGGGUGUAAUUCGAACAAUGUACUGUAAUUCUAGUGGCUAUGGAGAUUACCUUCCCGUCGAUAUUGCUGUGAAUGCCAUGCUUUGCGUCACUUGGCAAUUCCUCACCACGAAGAACUUCGACAUAAGAGUACGGCAUUUGACGAGCUCGAACGAAAUAAAAGUAUCCUGGCAGGAGGUUAUCGAACUAGGUAGAUGGGUUAUAGAAAAUCGCCUGCCCCUAAACGGAGUUGUUUGGUAUCCUGGUGGCUCAAUGAAAUCCAACCGAUUCGUCCACUAUGUGUGCACCAUCUUGUACCAUUGGAUACCAGCGAUGCUCAUUGACACAUUGCUUUGGUGUUUGAGAUAUCCUCCAGUUCUAUGUCGUGUUCAUCGACGUAUUCAAAAAGGAUUCGAAGUGUUCGAAUACUAUGCUAACAACCAGUGGGACUUCGAUAACUCAUCAGUUUUGGAGCUGAGAAGGAUGAUGAACGACACAGAGCGACACAAAUAUAUCAUUGAAAAAAUUGAUGUAGAUUUAGUAGAAUAUUUCGAAGCUUGUACGCUGUGCGCUCGGCGCUACAUCCUGAAUGAACCUGACGACACCAUCCCUCAAGCGAGGAAACAUAUGAAAGUCAUGUACUGCGUAGAUAGAGUAGUUAAAACAGUCUUCCUUGGAAUCCUUCUCUAUUAUUUAGGAUGUUUCUUGUAUAGGAUGUUCUUCAAUAAUUAAAGCCAAAAGAAUUUGCAAUAAAUUUCGGAAA